AUUUCUCACUCCCUUCUCACACGCCUCUGCCCCUGCACUGCUCUAGACACACACCCCGAUAUAGAAUGACAGCACAUUGCCACAAUUUAAAUGACACUGCCUCUGCCUCUUGGAAGGACAGGUCCUCAAGAGAGCACCAACCACAGCAACACUCUUCCCUUGCAAAACACCCGUCUUCAUCAUGGCGUAUAAAGCAGCACAUUUGGCCUUUAAGUCACGGUGGCACAAGACAGACGAAGAACUCUGUCGGCACAGCAUGUCCUUCGACUUGCAUAAGGCAAUCCAAAAUGACUUCUUUCAGAGUUACCUUUAUCUGCUGGAAAAGCUUCCCCUGGUGAAACUUUACGCUUUGACAAGUCAAGUUAUCAAUGGGGAGAUGCAGUUCUACGCCAGGGCCAAACACUUCUACCGGGAGGUGCCAGCCACAGAAGAGGGCAUGAUGGGAGACUACAUUGAGCUCUCCAACACAGACAUUGAAUCCUCCAGGGAGUUUCUCAGGAAGUUUGUUGGGGGAGUGGGGAAAGCUGGCACCAACCGCGCCCUGGACUGUGGCUCUGGGAUAGGUCGUAUCAGCAAGCAUGUCCUGUUACCGGUUUUCAAGAGCGUGGAACUGGUGGAUAUGAUGGAGAAUUUCCUGGCUGAGGUCCCAAACUACCUGCAGGGCAAGGAGGACAGAGUAGAGAUGUAUUAUUGCAAAAGCCUCCAGGAAUUCACUCCAGCCCCACAAAGAUAUGAUGUCAUCUGGAUUCAGUGGGUUUCAGGAUAUCUGACAGACAAAGAUCUCCUGGAGUUUCUCAUCCGGUGCCAGAAUGGCUUGAAGGAUAAUGGUGUUAUCAUUCUCAAGGACAAUGUAGCCAGGGAAGGCUGUAUCCUGGAUUGUCUGGAUAGUAGUGUGAUCCGAGACCUGAACAUCCUCCACAGCCUCAUUGAAAUGAGUGGACUCACCAUCCUACGAGAGGAGAGGCAGGAGGGAUUCCCUGAGCAGUGUGUCCCUGUCUGGACACUAGCCAUGCAGAAGGGCCCUGGCCAUUCCUGAUUGCAUGGUGAGACUGCAGAGACUGGACUAUGGAUGAACUUCAGUACUCGGAAGGAGAAAAGCCUCUACUAGAAUCCUCCUAGCAAUGCACUGCUGCUACUACAACUCUAGGGCAGCAACUCCAAAAGGAUCAGGAGAGAAUUAAAAUUGAGCCAGCUUCUCCAGGGAAUAGUCUGCUUCUAAAUCCUGCUUCUCCAUUUUAAAAAGCCUUUCUAACAGCUCAUUUUUAGAUCUUUCUUUCAUUAAGGAGUCAAUACCAGACAAAAUUCAAGUACUAGAAAAUAAUUAAGUCUGAAGCUUCCGUAGUGGCUAAUACAUUUUGGAGUGUUCUGUAUGAGGUGUUAACAAAUAAGCCUGGUUUUUACUAUGGUGCUUAAGUCUUCUUGGAAUUUAAGACAAAUCUGUCAGAUCACUGAAGCAGGAAAUUCAAAUAGCUUCUGGAAAAACUAAGCCAGAUUUUGACUGUCAGCACUAUCUGUACUUUAGAGUAUUUAAACCAAAAAUGUAAGGAAAGUUUUAUCCAUUUGUUGGCAUUAGCUAUGCAAUUCAUUUCUCUUUUUUUGCAUUUGUGUCAGUUUGGAAAAUAAGACAACCUGGUUAAUUUUCCAUUUUUAGGAAGGACUGUAUCCUUCUGAUGUUUUUGCCAUAGAACAAUAGUGGUGCCUAAGGGUUUUCAAACUCCAGGGGAAAAUCUAAAUGACAAAUACAUGCAUGUUUGCAUUGAAAUUUUAUGAAAAGUUUGCCCCACAUACUACAUUCUGGAAAAUAUUUUUUCAAAAUGUUCACAGUGGAAACCACUUGAAAGCUUCUGUUUAUUAUUCAUACCACUGUAAAUGUCUUUCUUUCCCACAUUCAGAACUAGUCUGGCACCAUAUGCGGAGCUAAUGGGAUUUCAUGGGGUGUUAAUAGUAAGACUGUAAGAAGAACUAAUACAGUAUUGUAUUAAUUAACAACUGUACUAAACUGCAGAGGGUGUUGGUGUAACCCAAAAGCAUCUAUGAUUUAUAUUCAAACAGCAGCUGUAUAAGCCUGGAUUUGAAAAUACUAACACACAUACCAUCUCCUUAAUGCUCACAGAAAUGACACAUUAAGCUGCUUGUCCUGUUCAUAAGGGCACAGAAAGUGCUGUGGGAGGAUGGAUGUUUGUUUGGAGAAUUUGAAAUUCUGCUUCAUUCUGGAUGAGGACAAGAAGGGAGAAUUUUGAAAUUCUUUAUGAAGGAAAAGCACAACAACCACAGACUUUUCCAAGUUAAUUGUUUGUUUUAUUAAAUUCAGACAAAAUUAAAGGUUUCUUUUUAACUGGACUUUAAAAAUAAUUUAUUUAAAAUAUUCAGUGUAGUGAAAAUUCAAUUAAAUAUGGCUUGUUCAGAAUUUUAGAAAUGAAUGAAAGCAUCAAAAUGGAUUAUCCUGACUUUGUCUGAAUUUUUAUCAUGUUUUAGCCUCCUGAACUGCAAUUCUCGCAAAACUUAUCAGAUUCUUAAAGAGCUGUAUUAUGACAAACCUCUGUGUUCUGAUGGAAAGAGGUUCUAUAAAACAUCCUCCAUGUGACUGUAGUGACAAUUAUCUGUGUCAAAUACUGUCAUCUAUGUUAAAUUAACUCAGAUAGAAGCCUGAAAAUAACAAUAUCAGGGAACUUCUCAGGUUUUAGUACACUUUGCCAUCCUUUGAUAACAAAUCUCUAGUUUUUAUUUUAAUUGCAUAACUCAUCUACUCUAGCAAUAUGGUUGUAUAUGUCGAGAAUUUCCAGUUUAUGGCAGAGGGCUUCCUGCCAUCAAAUUUUACCCAGUAAUUGUUCUCUUAAUGUGCCAUCACUAAUCGUAGUGUUAAGGAAAACAACCCUGGCGAUUUGGUGAAUAUUCUGGCAUGUCAUAUAACCUUGAAACCUAUGGUUCCCAUGACACAGAUGCUUCUGGAAUGUUUUGGCUAAGUUUUCCAUUUGAAUCAACUGUUAAUGGAGGUAAAUUUAGUAGAGAAUAUUGUUAAAAACCUUAGGGGAGCACCUGCAUUCUGGGAUUGUCCAUGGAACGAAAUACUUCGAAUUCCCAUUAAGCCAUGUCAAUGCUUUCAUUCUGCUGAGGCUGUUAAAAGCUGACGUGAUCUUUGGAGUAUGUGCAGAUAUCUAAAGGAAACCCAGUAAUUUGUUUUACAUGAAAGAAGCAUCAGACCUAUAGUUAAUAACAUUGGUUAGCAAUAACAGGAGAAUAUUUAGAAGGCCUUUACAUGGAUUACAAGUUAAUGUGUCCUUCACCGUUUUUUCUUCCAGCCAGAGUCGUCUGCCGUGGUGCAGAAUACUUGGGGACUACUGGAGAUCCUAGUACAAUGGUGUCUGUGCCAGGCACAUCUGAAUGGUGUUGGU